AUGGGAGGCGGAAGCAAGUUCUGGUCACUUGUUAGCAACAAGGAGCAGGGGUCCAAGAACGAGCACUCAGAGCACGAGCUUGACUCGCGCGAGCCAACAGGAUGUGCAAGCAUCGCAAGCACGCCAGGACAGGUCGCCUGCUUCCUCAAGAACAAGAAAGUUUCUGUUGACCUCUCGUUCUGGAUCGUGCGGAGUCUGCAAGCACUUCAUCGAGAGCAGCAUGAGAAACUCUUCUCCCAGCAUCAGCACCUUCGCGCCAUUUUCUUCCUGGCCAUCCGACUAGCAAGCACCAAGCAUGGAGCUGCGUUGCCUGUCUUCGUCGCUGACCCCAAGGACCCUCCACCUGACCUUCGGCUGAAGAAUGAAGCUCGUAUCCAGAGGUAG